AAGAGGGGCACUGGACUCAUGACACACUCACAGAGGAGUUCACAGCUGACUUGCACCUUCCGUUUCUCUUGGAUGUACUCGAAUUGUUUUCUGAGGACAUUUAGUCAUAUUGUGCGUUGGGUUUAAAAGGGAAAGACAGGAACCCCUUGCAGGACGCUUACUUAUUCUUUCUUUCCAAAGAUUCGGUUCGAAGAUUCAGAAUCAAGUUUCUGCGUAAUCUGGAACGCAUCGCAUCAUAUAUGCUCAUUUUUACGAUUUAAAAAUACAGUGUUUUCGUCGCAAAGCCUCGUAGAAUAGGCGAAGCAAAAAUCAAGAACGUUUACUUUUUGUUUCUAUCUCGACACGGUCAAUGUGACGCAUUAUUUUGGUUUGUAGAAGACUGAAUCUGGACGCUUUCUGUGGCUGUAAAUUAUUCUGUACAUUGCAACAGGUCAGUCGAGAGUCACUGUCCAGAAUCCACCUGAAUCAAGAUGCUGGACGGAAUCAAAAUUGAAGAUCAGUUAAGAACAGGGCCAGCCUCUCUGGGGGUGAUGUUUGGUUCAGAUUGUGCUCAUCAGAAUGUGUGUGAAGGAUGCCAGAGACCCAUUUCUGAUCGAUUCCUCAUGAGGGUGAACGAGUCUUCAUGGCACGAGGAGUGUUUGCAGUGUGCGGUGUGUCAGCAGCCUCUCACCAUGAGCUGUUACUCCAGAGAUCGGAAACUUUACUGUAAACACGACUACCAACAGUUGUUUGCCACCAAAUGCAGCGGCUGUCUGGAGAAGAUCGCUCCCACAGAGUUUGUGAUGCGUGCGCUGGAGAGUGUGUACCAUCUGGGCUGUUUCUGCUGCUGUGUGUGUGAGCGGCAGCUGUGUAAAGGAGAUGAGUUUGUGUUGAAGGAGGGACAACUGCUGUGCAAGAACGACUACGAGAGAGAGAAAGACUUAUUGCAUUCUGUCAGUCCAGACAUGUCUGACUCAGAUAAAAGUGAGGAUGAAGACCUGGAUGUGAAGCCAGAUAAAGGAGCAGGAGGUCAGGGCAAAUGCAGUGAUGACAGCAAAGACCCCCGCAGACCCAAAAGACCUCGCACUAUUCUCACCACCCAGCAACGACGAGCAUUCAAAGCUUCCUUUGAAGUCUCCUCUAAACCCUGCCGAAAGGUCAGGGAGACACUGGCUGCUGAUACCGGUCUCAGUGUUAGAGUCGUCCAAGUUUGGUUUCAGAAUCAGCGAGCUAAGAUGAAGAAGUUGGCACGUCGACAGCAGCAACAACAAGAGCAGCAGAACACACAGAGACUCGGACAAGACAUGAUCUCCAACCGAAUGGAGAAUCUGAUGAACUCCUACACGCCGUUGGCUCCGCCUUCACACCAUCAGUUGAUCUCCAUGGAUACAAAUGGUUACAGCACAGACCCGUUUCAGCAGGGCCUCACUCCUCCACAGAUGCCUGGAGAUCACAUGAAUCCAUACGGAAAUGACUCGAUUUUCCACGACAUUGACAGCGACACGUCUCUGACCAGCUUGAGCGACUGCUUCAUGGCGGUGGCGGAAGCCGGCUCCCUUCAGCCUCGCAUCGGAAACCCCAUCGACCGCCUGUAUUCGAUGCAGAACUCAUACUUUGCCUCCUGAAACCGAGACUACACACCCACGAAAACUUCUGAGCGGCCAAGCCCAGGCCUGCAACGCCAGUGUCAUGUACACCAACCAACACACCUCCGCUAGAGUCCAACUAGAGACUCAAAGGACAAAAAAACAAAACCACUUGUGCUAAAAACGAAACCAGAACUUGGAUUAGUGCUGUAGGAGGUCUUGAGUCUCAAAGCUGUGCUAGCCAAAUGUAUGUGCCACAAUGAACAUGUUUUCAUCUAGGUUUCAGAAAAAAAAAAAAAGUGGAUAUAGACAUUUAAACAGUUUUUUUUAGUGCAGGCAAAGUACAUUAACAGCAGAACCAGACAAGUUUAGACACUCAAUAGUCCAACGGCCUCUCUUGAAAAAUGUUCAUUCCAAGGUGAAGAUUUUGUGUUGUGUGCAAACACUACAUGUUUUUUUCUAACUACAGAUGACAAAAAUAUCCAAUCAAAGGACAAAAUGGACAUGAAUGUGGAACUUUUUCAAAUGCUUCGGGGGGAAACAUACAGUCGAUGUCAAGCCGAAACAGCUGUGUGUUUAUAAAGACGACUAGCUAUUUAUUACGUACAUUUGCCAAGUAAACCUACAAAGCUUUAUUUAAAACAAAUUGUGUUAUAGUGAGUAUCAUAAGCAUCUUUAUGUGCGUCCCUGUAAAAAGAGAGUGUAGUAUUAUUACUGUAGAUGUUUAAAAAGCUGUGUAUGUUUAUUUCGCUGUGCUAUUUAUUUGUCAUUUGCAUUCUUGGACAUUGUAGAGGAUGCAGUUUUAUGGUCAAAUUUGCUAAAAUUACCAAAGUUUGU